UUCAUUCGCCAUCUCCGUCCACCAAGUUUUCUAAGCGGGCCACGCCAUUGUUCAAGCAACCUAUUCCUUCAAAAUUGUCUCCUCUUUAUUCUUCUCACCAAUACGCUCAUGAACAAUCUGCAAGCUCAUCUCACUGCUUAUCUCGGGUAUUAAUGCUGCGAAAAUUGUUGUAAAGUGAAGUUGUAAGGGGGCUAAGAGUCGGGCUCUUGGUCCCCUGCAAAUAUGGAGAUUUGAGUGAAGUUAUUUCGAUUCAGAGAAAAUGAGUUGUAGACUAGAGAGUUCAUUUAUUGGCUUCCCACUCAAGCGUGAUUUGAAUGGGAAGAAAAGGGGGAGUUUUGGCUAUAGGAGUGUAGUAAGGAUACCGAAAAGGGAUACUUACAAAUUUAAAUGUUCCAAGAAAGAUGACUGGAUAUCUCGGGGGGUCAACUUUACACAUUAUUUUGGGAGAAACGUUCAGUUGUUAUGGAAGAAUUUUGCCCUGAGAAGUGGGGGAUUGAUGUAUUCUGUUAAAGAGCCUUUGGUUCUAAGUAAGAGCUUGGUGAAAUCUAUGGUUCCGAUAUGGCAAGAGAGAUUACUUCUCCUUCGAUCUCCUGCCUUUUAUUUUGUGGUAUCUGGAUUUUUUUUAUUGUUCUGGUAUAGUCUGAGGAAAGCCAAGAGUUAUGCUGAAACCAAGCUUUUGCCUUCUGUUUGCGCAUCAUUGAGUGAUUAUAUUCAGCGUGAUAUAGACUUGGGUAAGGUGCGGGGAAUUUCACCUUUAAGCAUUACUCUGGAGUCAUGCUCGAUUGGGCCUCAUAGCGAAGAGUUUUCUUGUGGGGAGGUUCCAUCCGUCAAGAUACGCAUUCUGCCAUUUGCUAGUUUGAGGAAUAGAAAGAUUGUGAUUGAUGCAGUCUUAUCAAAUCCAAGUGUUUUGGUAGCACAAAAAAAGGAUUUUACUUUCUUGGGGAUACCCUUUUCUGAAGGCAGUCUGCAGAGGCAUUUGUCUGAUGAAGAAGGAAUUGACUACCGUACAAAAACUAGGAGGAUUGCCAGAGAGGAAUCUGCUGCUCGCUGGGCUAGGGAGAGAGACAAUGCUGCUAGGGAAGCAGCAGAGGAGGGCUAUGUUGUUCGGGAAUGGAUUUCUUAUUUGUUAGAGGGUGACUUCACCAAGGAUGGUGUUGAUCCUCUGGAAAAAUUGGCCACCACAGAGUCAUUCUUUUGUAUGGAUGAGAGACUGCACUGGAGAGCUCGGCAUUCUGUGGACACCGGAGGGGAAUAUGAUAUGAAACAUGCAGAUCUAGAGAAAGCAUUUGGUGUCAAAAUUCCUCCUUCAGGGGCUACAUUUUGGUCUAGAAUUAUACCACCUGCCGUAAAGCAUAAGUUCAAGAAGGCCAAUGGAAAAGAGUUAUCUGCAGCUAGUGUUGCAGCUAAAAGAAGAAUUUUAGAGCGUAGUGCAUCAGCAGCUCGCAUAUAUUUUCAAGCUCUAUCUAAUGGGAACUGCGGAAACUGUACUCAAUCUUCUGGAAUUUUUGAAUCAAAAAGUGAUGUGAGCUCUCUGGUAAAAGGUGAUGGGGGUACAACUGCUGUGUCUGAAGAAGGUGUAACCUCAGCGGAUUAUGCUGAAGGGAUCAAAGCUGCUGAUAACACAAAAUUUGAAUUGUUCAUGCAUGAUUCGAUGAGUAAGGAACUCAGGCAAAACUUGAAAAGUGAAGAUAUCUGUGGGAAAGUUCUUGGUGGUUAUCUUUUGCUUGGAGAAAAACUUGACAGUGGUUGCAUUGGUAGUAUAAGGAUCUUGCGUGAUCCUUUUCUUUUUACAUUGAGUAGACUGUGUAAGACUACAAAUCUUAGUGAAAAGUUAUCAGUGAUGGAUGUUACCAAAUUGAGAGAGGCAAGCAUGCGUGAUAUAAAUUGUGAAGAAUUAGGAGUUCAUAUCAUAAAUAGAGAUUCUAGUGCAGUUUGGGAAUCUAACUGGUCUACUGACUUGGUGCAGGAGUCUCAUUCUGGACCUUUGGGUAGUCAAGGAGACCAAGAGGUUGGGCUGUUCAGCCUAAAAUCAGUACUGAACAACAUGAGAGAGGCUGUGUGUCUUUUGAUUACUAAUCCUCUGAAUAUGCUGAAUUUGGAGAUGACUCCAAGAAUGGAGGAUAUUUCUGAGCUUGCUGAAGAUGUUGAAGAAGAUGUGGUAGGCAUAGAAAAAUCAAAUCCUGUAAUUCUGGAUUCUGUUCAUUUCAGGGGCGGUACCCUAAUGCUGCUUGCAUACGGUGACACAGAGCCCAGAGAGAUGGAAAAUGCCACUGGGCAUGUCAAGUUCCAGAAUCACUAUGAUCGUGUGCAUGUACAAGUCGGUGGUGGGUGUAAGAUGUGGAGGUCAGAGAUGACAUCUGAAGAUGGUGGCUGGUUGUCAUCUGAUGUUUAUGUUGAUAUACCUGAGCAGAAAUGGCAUGCAAAUUUGAAACUUGUGAACUUCUUUAUUCCGCUUUUUGAGAGAAUACUGGAAAUUCCAAUCACAUGGUCCGAGGGAAGAGCCAGCGGUGAGGUUCACAUAUGCAUGUCAAGAGGAGAGAAUUUUCCUAAUCUUCAUGGGCAGCUUGAUGUAACUAAGUUGGCAUUUCAGAUAUAUGAUUCUCCAUCAUGGUUUUCGGACAUGUCUGCAAACUUAUGCUUUCGUGCUCAACGUAUAUUUUUACAAAACACUAGUGGUUGGUUUGGAGAUGUUCCUUUAGAAGCUUCUGGAGACUUUGGCAUUGACCCAGAGGAAGGAGAGUUCCACCUUAUGUGUCGGGUCCCUUCUGUUGAAGUAAAUGCAUUGAUGAAAACUUUGAAAAUGAGGCCUUUAUUGUUUCCGAUAGCUGGUUCAGUAACAGCCGCAUUCAAUUGUCAAGGUCCCUUAGACACACCAAUUUUUGUGGGGAGCGCAGUUUCUAGAAAAAUAGCUCAUUUGGCCAAUGAACUUCCUGUAUCAAUUGCAUAUGAGACAGUGAUUAAGAAUAAAGAGGCUGGUGCUGUUGCUGCAAUGGAUUGUGUUCCAUUCUCCUACAUCUCAGCCAAUUUUACUUUUAACACUGACAACUGUGUUGCUGACUUGUAUGGAAUCAGAGCUAGCCUUGUUGAUGGGGGUGAAAUCUGUGGGGCAGGGAAUGCAUGGAUUUGCCCAGAGGGUGAGAUCGAUGAUACAGCGAUGGAUUUAAACUUUUCGGGCAGUUUAAGUUUUGAUAAUAUCAUGGAUCGCUAUGUCCCUGAUUUCUUUCAAGUGAUGCCCCUUCAAUUAGGUGUUUUGAAUGGGGAAACAAAGCUUUCUGGGUCUUUAUUGAAACCACGGUUUGAUAUCAAAUGGAAUGCACCUAAAGCUGAAGGAUCACUCACUGAUGCUCGUGGAGAUAUCAUACUUACACAUGAUUACAUAACUAUCAAUUCCUCAUCAAUAGCUUUUGAAUUGUAUUCAAAAGUUUUGACAUCUUAUCCUGACAAAUACUGGUUGAUUCCCAGAGAUUCUUAUGAGAAGACUGCCCUGCCUUUUGUUGUUGACGGACUGGAAUUAGAUUUACGAAUGCGCAAUUUCGAAUUUUUCAGUUCAGUCUCUUCUUAUGCUUUUGACUCACCUAGGCCUGUGCAUCUGAAAGCAACCGGAAGGAUUAAGUUUCGAGGAAAAGUUGUCAACAGGUUGAUUGCUACUGAUGAGCAAGUCUUGCAUUCCGAUAUGAAGUCAGAAUAUGCUGUAAUUAAGGGUAACAAUGGUUCACAUAUUCUUUCUGGUGAUGUUUCAAUUUCGGGUCUCAAGCUCAAUCAGUUAAUGCUGGCACCUCAGUUAGCUGGAGUGUUGAGCAUGACACAUGAGGGUUUGAAGUUGGAUGCCACAGGUAGGCCAGACGAAAGUCUUGCAGUGGAGAUCAUAGGGCCUUUUCAGCCACUUUCUGAAGAAAAUAUUAUUGGGAAAUUGUUCUCUUUUUCCCUCCAGAAGGGGCACCUGAAAGCUAAUGUGUGCUACCAACCACUGCAUUCAGCUAAUCUGGAGAUACGGAAUCUGCCUUUGGAUGAGCUAGAGCUUGCUUCUUUGAGAGGAACAAUUCAAAGGGCAGAAGUUCAACUUAACUUUCAAAAACGAAGAGGUCAUGGUUUGCUGUCAGUUCUGCGACCAAAGUUCAGUGGCAUGUUGGGUGAAGCUCUUGAUGUGGCCGCUAGAUGGAGCGGGGAUGUAAUUACAAUUGAGAAAACUAUUUUAGAGCAGAGCAACAGCAAAUAUGAGCUUCAGGGUGAAUAUGUCUUGCCUGGCUCCCGAGAUUGGAACUCAUCUGGAAAGGAAGGAGGUAGUUUGUUUCAUAGAGCAAUGACUGGACAUCUGGGCAGUGUGAUAUCUUCCAUGGGUAGAUGGAGGAUGAGACUUGAGGUUCCAAAAGCAGAGAUUGCUGAGAUGCUUCCACUUGCACGGCUUCUCUCUCGAAGUCCGGACCCUGCCGUUCAAUCUAGAUCAAAGGAUCUUUUUAUCCAAAGUUUGCAAUCAAUGGGACUAUAUGCAGAAAGCCUUCAAAAGCUGCUUGAGGAAAUUCGUGUUCUUUUUACCCCCUUGGAUGAAGUUGUCCUUGAGGACUUCAAUCUUCCAGGUUUGGCUGAACUUAAGGGUUGUUGGCAUGGGUCUUUGGAUGCAAGCGGAGGAGGCAAUGGAGACACAAUGGCAGAUUUUGACUUUCAUGGCGAAGAAUGGGAGUGGGGGACCUAUAAGACCCAGCGAGUUCUAGCAGCUGGUGCAUACAGCAAUGAUGAUGGUUUGCGGCUAGAGAGAAUCCUUAUACAGAGGGAUAAUGCCACAAUACAUGCAGAUGGGACUUUGCUGGGGCCAAAGACCAAUUUGCAUUUUGCUGUUCUGAACUUUCCUGUUAGUUUGGUUCCUACAUUGGUUCAGGUCAUUGAAACUACAGCCACUGAAGCUGUUCAUUCUCUGCGACAGUUUUUAGCACCAAUAAAGGGCAUAUUGCAUAUGGAAGGGGAUCUUAGGGGCAGUCUUGCUAAACCAGAAUGUGAUGUGCAAGUAAGGCUUCUUGAUGGCACCAUUGGUGGAAUUGAUCUUGGGCGAGCUGAAAUUGUUGCUUCCUUAACUCCUACAUGUCGUUUCCUGUUCAAUGCUAAUUUUGAACCAACCAUUCAAAAUGGUCAUGUCCACAUUCAAGGAAGUAUUCCUGUAACCUUUGUCCAGAAUAAUGUUUUGGAAGAAGAUAAUACAGAAUCAGAUAAAAAUGAAGUGGUGUGGAAGCGUAGUUGGGGCACAGGUAGGAGUAAAGGGCCUACAGAUGAAGGUAGUGAUAGAAGAGGGCCUAGAGAGAGAAAUGAAGAAGGUUGGGAUAUUCAGAUGACAGAGAACCUCAAAGAUUUGAACUGGAAUGUACUGGAUACAGGAGAAGUAAGGAUAGAUGCUGAUAUCAAAGAUGCUGGCAUGAUGUUGUUGACUGCAUUAUCUCCUUAUGCCAACUGGUUACAAGGCAGUGCUGAAGUUAUGCUUCAGGUACGUGGAACAGUUGAACAACCAGUACUCGAUGGAUCUGCAUCUUUUCACAGGGCAACUAUAUCUUCACCUGUACUUCGAAAACCUCUUACCAACUUUGGUGGUUCUGUUCUCGUGAACUCAAAUAGACUGCGCAUCAGUUCAAUGGAGGGCAGGGUAAACAGAAAAGGGAAACUGUCUGUGAAGGGUAAUUUGCCGCUCAGAACAGGUGAAGCAUCUUCUGGCGAUAAAAUUGACCUAAAAUGUGAAGUCUUGGAAGUACGGGCAAAGAAUAUCUUUAGUGGCCAGGUUGAUACUCAAAUGCAAAUAAGGGGGUCUGUAUUGCAACCAAACAUUUCUGGAAAGAUUAAAUUGAGUCAUGGUGAAGCAUACCUACCCCAUGACAAGGGCAGUGGAACUACUCCUUUUAAUAGAGGCACAUCAGAUCACAGGACACCUCCUACUGAUGGUUUCGAUCAUUUGGUUGUCUCAAAGUAUGUUUCACACUUUCUCAAUCUAAAGCCUGCUGCCUCCAACAUUCAGUUUCAUCAAUCUUCAGGUAAACAUGCUGAAGCUGAUAAGGAAAUGGUGCAAAUAGACAGCAAUCCUAAAUUUGAUAUCCGCCUCUCUGAGUUGAAGCUUGUUCUUGGACCAGAGCUGAGGAUAGUUUAUCCUUUAAUCCUCAAUUUUGCUGUCAGUGGAGAGCUCGAGUUAAAUGGCAUUGCUCAUCCAAAAUGGAUAAAACCUAGAGGCAUUCUGACCUUUGAAAAUGGCAACGUGAACCUUGUUGCCACUCAGGCAAGGCUUAAGCGUGAUCAUCUAAACAUAGCGAAAUUUGAGCCUGAGAAUGGACUGGAUCCAAUGAUGGACUUAGCCCUGGUUGGUUCAGAGUGGCAAUUCAGGAUUCAAAGUAGAGCCAGCAAAUGGCAGGACAAAAUAGUUGUGACAUCAACACGCUCUGUGGAGCAAGAUGUCCUGUCACCCUACGAGGCUGCAAGAGUUUUCGAGAGUGAGUUAGCUGAAUCCAUCUUAGAAGGUGAUGGGCAGCUAGCUUUUAAGAAGCUUGCAACUGCAACACUGGAGACACUGAUGCCUAGAAUUGAAGGGAAGGGUGAAUUUGGACAUGCUAGAUGGAGGCUUGUUUAUGCACCUCAGAUUCCAAGCUUGCUGUCCGUUGAUCCCACUGUUGAUCCCCUUAAAUCUCUAGCCAGCAAUAUUUCAUUCGGCACUGAAGUCGAAGUACAACUGGGGAAGCGCCUUCAGGCAUCGGUGGUUAGACAGAUGAAGGAUUCGGAAAUGGCAAUGCAGUGGACUUUGAUCUACCAACUCACAAGCCGUCUGCGCCUACUGCUACAAUCUGCUCCCUACAAGCGUCUGCUUUUCGAGUAUUCAACUACAUCACAAGACUAGCCUAGCCAGCUAGAGUUUUGCAACGUGGUCGUCACAAUUACGUUUUAGGAGGGUAAGUUGUUCUGUAGAAAGUUAAACUGUAAAGAAAGAGAGAAUAGAUGAAAUUGUUAAUUCUCUUUUCAUUCAUUUCAAGAUUAAAUGAAAUGGGCAGUCAUAGACAGUGUAGAUGAUGUAAAACAAGUGUAAAUAGCUAGCUAGCAUCAUUUUUUUUGCUCCUUAAAAUGAAUGAGCAGAGCAUGUUUAUAAUUCUCCCUUAAAA